CUCUCUCUCUCUCUCUCUCUCUCUCUCUCUCUCUCUCUCUCUCUCUCUCUCUCUCUCCUGAUUAGAUCUGUGUGAGCGUUUGAGUUGAUUUGACAAGAGUUCAUUAAUCUAGGCAAUUACAUGAAUUUCAUGUCGGGUAGAUCAGGGUUUAAUUAUGAGGAGAGAUCCUCCUCCUCGUCUUCUUCCGGCUUUCCUCUUAAUUACUGCAGUUACGGCGGCGGUGGUGGUGGUGGUGGUGCACCGCCGGAGUUCAACAAUUAUGGGAACGGAGGAGAAGAGGAAUAUUCCGGCGGCAAUCAUACGGCGGUGGCGGCGAUGGUGGAGAGGGAGCACAUGUUCGAUAAAGUGGUGACGCCGAGUGACGUGGGGAAGCUGAACAGGCUAGUCAUCCCGAAACAGUACGCCGAGAAAUAUUUCCCGUUGGAUUCGUCGAACAACGAAAAGGGGCUGCUUUUGAAUUUCGAGGAUAGAAAUGGGAAACAAUGGCGGUUCAGGUACUCUUACUGGAACAGCAGCCAGAGCUACGUCAUGACUAAGGGAUGGAGCCGCUUCGUCAAGGACAAGAAGCUCGACGCCGGCGAUACUGUCACCUUCCAACGCGGUCUCGGUGAUUUCGGUAAAGACCGUCUCUUCAUCAACUGGCGGCGCCGCCCAGAUGCGCCGCCUCCUCCGGUCUCAUCAUCAUCCUCAAUAAUAUUCCCACACUCUCAUUUCUCAUUCCAUAGUGCAUAUUCCCCAUCUAAUUAUAGUAAUUGGAAUAGUAGCAACCCCCUAUUUUAUCAACAAUCUCCCAAUAAUUACCCGGGGAUUGUGAAUGGAAACCCUUGUCCGCGGCCGGGGUCAAUCAUGUACCUACAGAGACCUGGUUCUUUUUCUCCCGGCGGAGGAUGGGCCGCGGCGGCUCAGCCACACACGGAGGCGCAAAGAGGGGGAAUGGUAUUCGAUUCAGUGCCGGUGGUACAAGUAGCCAAUAAUAGUAAUAAUAAUAGUAAUGGUUCGGGCGCAGCAAAGCGGAUGAGGCUUUUCGGAGUGACAAUGGAUUGUCCCAUUUCUGAGGCUACAGCAGAUUCCGAAAUAAUUAUUCAUCCCGAUUUCGAUUCUCUUAAUUAUAGUAAUAAUUAUCACAAUAAUUACAAAGGCAAAGAUUCAUUGUCUUUAGAUUUGGAUUUAUAACAGUAAUUUCAUUACCGAUCAUCAGAUUUAAUUAAUUUUCAGGGUUUUUGAAUUCUUUUAUUUUCCUGUGUAAAAUCAAUGACAGAAUAUUAAAUAGAUACAUUUGUAGAUCCUU